AUGGACGACCAGGAGCAACAGUUGGAGGAGUGGUGUCGACUUCUGGAGCUUGAUACCCCCAUGGCGACUGCGGAGGAGUUAGAGGCGGACGAAGAACCUCCCUUGCCGCCUUCCUCAUGCCCCCGCUUCCCGUGCGACACGUGUUUCCACACUUUCGCUACGCGGGGGGGCGCAGCGAACCACAUUAGGGUAUGCCGAGCGGCUGAGGCGGAGAGGCGUGCACAGGCUCUCGGCUCGAUUCCGUCUCUGGUGGAGACCGACACGCAGGAGCGAUCGACGCUGCGGGAAUUUGGGGAGGAGGCGUGGGCUGGGGUUACGUCAUGGGAAUGGGAAACAUUUUUCAGUUUGGAGGCAGUUGGAGGGAGGACAGUUCGCCGGAUCCCACAGCGGGCCAGGUCGGGGGUCUUAGACGCGCUCUGUUGCAUCCUUAAGCGCUUGAAGAGCCAGCCGGGAGAUCAAGCCGCUACCCUCCUACUCUUGGCGUUUCCGCGCCUCAUCCUAGCCAUGCCUCCAAAGCCAGGCAUAGGUCAGAAGGCGCUGAUCACAGAGCAGUUGGGUGCGUUAUGGGAGGGGAGGUGGCGGGAGCUGCUCGACUCUGCCAUGGCGGCAGCGCGGCCAGCAGUUCGCCCACUUUCCUACACUCGCUCUGACCAGGAUCCGGAUGCCAUCCGCCUGUCACGGUGCCGAUCUCGGUGCAAAGUGGGGGAGUGGAGCCGAGGAUUGGCCUGCCUUACAGCAGGGGAGUUGGCUCGACCGUCUGAGGUCAUGGUGCAGUCGCUGCGAGAGAAGCACCCGGCUAGCGCAGGCGAGUUUACCACAGUCCCCGAGCGGGCUCGGCCGUGGCUCGCCGCAUCCAACCUAGUCCGGCUUUCCAAGCCUAACGGCGACGUCCGGCCGGUGGCGAUCGGGGAGGUGCUUCCUCGUAUCCUUGCUCGUGCUCUCUGCAUCUCGCUCCGCCCUGCGAUGGUUUCCUACUUCCUGCCAUGCAACCAGCUGGGAGCGGGCACCCGGGUCGGGGCGGAGAUUCUCACUCAUCUUUCCGGUCAGUGCUGGCCACUUCACCCCGACUGGUGUGCGCUACAGAUAGACGUCGCAAACGCCUUCAAUUCGUUUCACCGUCAUGUGAUGUUCGAUGGGCUGCGGGAGUCGCCUUUCUCAGGGAUGAUCCCAUUCUUGCGUGUCUUUUAUGGGACACCUAGCGACCUGUACCUCCAAGCAGGCCCUUUCGUAAAGAGCCUCGAGUCAGCACGGGGAUCGAGGCAGGGGGACCCGCUCGGCCCUUUUCUUUUCGCAUUCACGCAGCAGCAAGUGAUGGAGCCGAUUACUAGGGAGUUCAAGGACCUGCUUUUCCUCAGCUAUGCAGACGAUACCUAUAUUUUGGGGCCAGCGGCUAGGAUUCUGGAGGCUUUUGGGGUGCUGCGGGAGCGGUUGGAGUGGGUGGGGCUGGAGGUGCAGGCGCACAAGUGCCGGUUUUGGGAGCGAGAGGGCAAGGGGGUGGAGCGGACACUGCCAUUGGGGAUGCAGCGGGUGGAUGAGGGUCUUACUGUGGUGGGCGUGCCUAUUGGAGAGGAGGUUUGGGAGGUGGUCCGGCUACGGGAGCGGCUUCGACAGUUGCAGGCGCCACUGCCAUGGCUCCCCUUGCUCGACCACCCCCAGACGGCUUCACACCUCCUCGCCAUUGCAGUUUCAGCGCGGCCGAUGUACCUCGCCCGGACUAUGCUGCCGCGUCCGGAGGUGGUUGAGGCUUUUAGGGAUUGGGACAGCUGUUUAGAGGAUUGCUUUGAGCAGCUUUUCCCACCUGGCACUUGGGAGCAGGACCCCGACCGGUCUAGGCGCGCAGGCAUGCAGCUGCAUCUACCUGUGCGUCUCGGUGCAUGGGUUUCGGCGGUUCCGGCUCACUCAGAUCUCACAUUCACUGCGGCUGAGUGGGGCAUUGCUGCUGCUAUACGGCUCGGCCUCCCAAUUCAGCAGCUGCAGGUGCAUGACGAGGUGAAGUUUGCGGUGGCGAAGAUCUCUAAGGCGUCGGCGGGGGUGGUGACAUUGGAGGAUAGUGUGGUGCUGCAAGGGAAGCGGGUUGAUGUGGCGGUGCGACGUCCAAUGGCUGGAGAGGCUCACGCCCUAGAGAUCAGCGUCGCGGACCCGCUAUCGCUGUCUCCAUCACUGCUGGGACAGUGCGGGCGUCAAAUAGGCGUGGCGGCAAGGGAAUGGGAGCGUCGCAAAACGAGUGAUUACGCGCCUCUGCUUGCACGCAAUCGGGGCGUGCAGUUCACCCCUUUGAUAGUUGAGACGUGGGGGUGUCUCGGCGGUCGUUUUCAGCGGUGGCUUUGUCAGCAGGGGGAUGCGCACGUGGGGCUAGCUAUGUCGCGGGGGGCUUGUCGAGAGGACGACUCUGUUUUUUCGGCUUAUCUUUUAGGGUCACUGAAGGCGCUCAUCGGGGUGGCGUUACAACGUGCGCAAGCCCGUGUCAUCCUGCUUCGAGCGGCGUCUUCCAUGGGGGGGAUUAACGUAGAUUUGGCGGAUCGGGAGAGGGACGAUGUCGAUGUGAAAGGCGGGGCUCUCUGGGUGGAGGCCCCAUACAUGGUCGAUACGUUGAUGUGA